AUGUCUUCUUGUUCUGAUCUUUUUGAUUUCGAUCCUAAGAUAGAGAGAACUUUGCACACACGUCGUAGAGCAUGCCAGGAUAGCAAUAGUUCACCACCCACAAUUGAGUCUGAUUCUGAUUCUGAUUACUUUCAUAACUUGUUUGAUUUAGAUUCUGAAAUUGUUUUUGAUAUGGCUGACCAAAGAACUUUAAGGCAGUUAGCUGCCCCUAAUGUGAAUUAUAAUGGCAUGUGUGAGGAUCCACAUAAACAUCUCAAAGAAUUCCAGGUUGUGUGCUCUACACCGUUGAGGCCUGAAGGAAUAACUGAAGACCAUAUCAAACUUCGAGCUUUUCCUUUUUCAUUGCAGGGUGCAACAAAGGAUUUGAUAUAUUAUCUUGAGCCAAAUUCGAUCACAAGCUGGAAUGCUCUAAAAAGAGUGUUCUUAGAGAGAUAUUUCCCUGCCUCCAGAGCAGCCUCGAUCAGAAAAGAGAUUUGUGGUAUUAGACAGGAUAAUGAGUCACUUGCUGAGUAUUGGGAAAGAUUCAAGAUAUUAGUAUCUAGUUGUCCUCAACACCAGAUCACCGAACAAUUGCUCAUUCAGUACUUUUAUGAAGGCUUGUUACCAAUGUAUAGGAAUAUUCUUGAUGUUGCUAGCGGUGGAACACUCGUCGAUAAAACUUCAGCCGCCGCCAAAGCUUUGAUCGAAAAUAUGUCCCUUAACUCCCAACAAUUUACAACCAGAAACAAUUCUGUCCAAGCAAAGGGUGUGAACGAAAUUCAGGUUUCCUCCAACAAAGCUUUAGAAACCAUAAUUGAUGAGCUCACCUCUUUAGUGAAACAGUUGGCAGUAGGUAAGACUCAAGCGGCAAACCUGUGUGGUAUUUGUACUUCUCCUGAGCAUCCAACUGAUACUUGUCCUAUUUUGCAUGAUGAAUCGAUCACUGAGUUGCCUCAAGCUUAUGCCGCAAACCUUUACAAUCAAAGCAACAAUCAGAACAGGUACAACAACAUUCCUGACCUGUCCACCAAUAAAUACCACCCCAAUUGGAGGAACCAUCCCAACCUUCGAUAUGGAAACCAGCAGCCAACCCAACCAGCAGCUACCCCCCAAGCCACCAUUUCUACACCCUCUGGACCUUCAUUAGAGGACCUGGUCAAACAACUAGCUGUUAAUAAUCUUCAGUUUCAACAAAGAACAGAAUCUAGUAUUCAAACCUUGCAGACACAAAUUGGACAGCUUGCCACCUCAAUGAAUGCCAUGCAAUCCCAAGGAUCAAACCAACUUCCUGCACAAGCAGUUGUGAAUCCAAAAGGUCCUAAUGCCAAUGUCAGUGCAAUUUCUUUGUGGUCCGAAAAGGUCACAAAACCAGCCCCCGAAAAAAAUAAAAAAAUUCUUGAGGUAACAUCUGAACUUUCUUCACCUUCUUCUGUUGUGGUAGAAACUGAAAAGAAUAAAGAAAAAGAAUAUGUACCACCAGUCCCUUUUCCACAUAGAGUUCUAAAAAGUAAAAUAAUUGAUGAUGGAGACAAUGAGAGAGAGAUUUUAGAUGUGUUCAGAAAAGUGGUGGUAAACAUUCCGCUUCUUGAUGUUAUUAAGCAGAUUUUUACAUCAUGGACAUGGAAGGAGAAACUAAGUCAAGCAGGGCUCCCAUCAUUUUAG